AAGUUCUCUCCUUGGCUCCCAUUCUUUUCCGUCAUUCCACCCAUCUUCCUUAGUUAUAAAAGUACCUUGCCUCUUUGAAAUACGAUGUUCACCGACCUCGGCCUACGGACACAGCACAUAUUCUGCUCCCAUGCAAAACGACACGGUCUACUCCCCAACCUCUUCCCUACCAAACGGGCCCGAGAUCUCCCUUGGCUGGGCAGUGGUCUACGGCUGCGUAUUCGUCGUCGCAGUCUCUUGACUCGCUGCAUUUCGUUUUGGCUAAAUUCAUCCCUGGGAUACGUCUUGGAGAGACCCCACAACCUUUAUCUUGGUCGCUCUCGUCUGCUCAAUCAUGCUUUCUCAAGUUUUGAAACCAGGAGGAGCAAUACGAUUUGUGCCACUGCUGCUCAUCAUGCCAUUGUAAGUCCCCGGCUCUAGCACAGCACCUUCUCCAAUGUUGCUUAUGCACUGUGCAAGGGCUUUGUAUGUCAUAUCAAGCAUCAAGAUGCUCCAAGACAUCGGCUCCGUGCUUUCUGCCGAAAUAUAUCUCAAUCGGUGUGAAAGAUCCGAGGUUAUCGCGCAGAGCUAACGCCAUCCCAGCGCGAUCGCCUCAUU